CCAGCCUGCCACUCUGAAGUACCACCUCCGGACCCACGCAAGAGAGAACCAGACAGGGGGGCCUCAAUGCUGCCCAGUGUGUGGACAGGACGUCCCUACAGAGCAGGCUCUGAGAAAACACCUACAGGCACACAUGGGGGAGGACCUCGGUCACAACGGGGGACAGGAAGACGGGGAGGAGGAAGUUGGUGGUCUGAUCAAUUCUGAUGGAGAGGACGUUGGCUGGGACCCUUCUCAUCGUAGUGAGAGUCCUGUCCAUGGCUCUGGUAGUGAAGGAGGAAGUCCCCCUAAAUCACACAUCAACAAGGAUCCUGGUCACCAAUCCAGCACCAAAGCUAUAGAGUCUCAGGGUCCCGAUCCAAGACAUGAGGAGGACAUCACUCAAACACCUGGGAUGAACAUUCAUAUUGUCGAAGAGGAGAAGGAGGAAGUAAAAGAGGAGGAUGAAGUUGGUGGUUUCAUCAAUUAUGAAGGAGAAGAAUUUAACUGGGAUUCUGUUCAACAUAGAGAGAGCCCAAACUGUGGCUUAGACAGCAGAGCGAGUCCCGCCACAUCAGAACAUCCUGAACACCAGGAGAGUCACAAAACGAAGACGUCUCACUGCUGCUCGGUGUGUGGCAGAGAGUGCUACAAGCUCUCGGUACUACAGAUCCACAUGAGAAUCCACACGGGAGAGAAGCCGUACCCCUGCCCCGACUGUGGCAAGAAGUUCGCUCACCUGGGAGCCAUGAGACGACACCUCCUCACACACACGGGAGAGAAGCCCUACUCUUGCCCUGUGUGUGGGAAGAGUUUCACCCAAUCCGGACAUCUGAGGGAGCACCAGCAGUCUCACAGUGGAGAGAAGCCUCACCUGUGUCUGGUCUGUGGGAGAGGGUUCUCUAGAGCGUCAGACCUCAGGAUCCACCACAGAGUUCACACAGGGGAGAGGCCGUACAGCUGUGACUACUGUGGGAAGAGAUACGGCCGCUGUCAGAAGCUACGGGCUCACCAACGGACACACCACAGUGACAGGACGCACGCUGAUACUGGAGAGGAGACGGAGUGAAUGACCACGAGGCUUUGAACGCAAGACGUGAUGAGCUUAGUAUUCCUAUUGGUGAUGUUAGCCCGGCUGGACAACAACAAUGAUACACGUUGAUCGUCAUCAGACAGGAGAACAAUACACUCCAUUGGAAUAGACAUGGUUCUAGAAUCCACCUAAAUGAUUCCCAGAGUUCUGAUGCAGGACACGGGCUGCUGGGGAGGGGACAGCUGCUGGGUGAAGUUCCCCUGCCUGAAUCCUAACCUUAACCAUUAGUGGGGAGAUGCAAAACUGACCAGCGUUUCGGGGCAACUUCACCCUACUCUGUUUGGGGGAAAGAAUGGGGAGGCUUUAUCAGUAAGUGUUGACAGUAGAACUACGGGUGUUUGUUAGUAGGUUGGACAAACACAACUAUUAACCUUAUGAUGAAGAACGAUAGGCUCGGUUAGAACAAUUUACAAUGGACGUGGUUCUACAUUCCACUCGAAGAAAGCACCCAGUUCUGAUGGAGAGAUGAAAUAAUCAGUGCUGUUCAGUUUGUUAUUGAACUUGAACCAGAGAAAGUGAACCCCCAAAAGAUGGCCGCUAGACGGUGUUCUAAAUUGGAAUUGUGGAACGCUUGUUCUCUGUCCACCACAUUCUGUGUGAGGAACCCAGUUGAAAUGAUUGUUUAAAAAAAAAAAUAGAAUGUUGAUGUAAUAAUUGUGUUCUAUAUUGGAUAACAUCCCAAAUAAUGUUCAAUCACAGGACGUUUUGAUCCCAGAGAGAGAGAGAGCUGUGGCUCCGUCAUUCAGUUCAUUACGCCGCUAUAAGAUCGUAAACAAAGGUGUGUCAUGGUGAUUUGAAUAAAUAGGUGACAAAAACCUACCUAACUGUUUAAUCUAUUGAAUAAAAAAAAAAAAAAGUUUCUGUUUUCGGGUACCAUUUUAUGCCAACUCUUUUCACACUACUGAGCCAAGCUGAUGGAUAUCAAGAAUAAGGUUUUUAUUUGCUAUGCUUGAAGACGGCCUUGGUAAAUGUCGGGCUUUUACAUGGCAAUGCGGAAAAUGUAACAGGGCUAUAUUGAAGUGUUUACUAUGAUUACAGCAAAGGAACUGUCAGUUUACUCAGUUGAACUGUUGGUGAUAAUAGUUGCCCUCCAGUGGGUGGAGGACGUACAACUUGUUAGAAUUAUAGGAUGCUCAGAUUCUCCGUCUGUCUUGAAUAGUUUAUCAUCUGAUAGGAGAGAUCUGCUAUUGGAGGUAUUCAUGUUAUUAUGGAGAAUUGAGAGAAUGGGUGUAGUAUUCUGGGUUCUGUUCAACACUGUUCUUUUGUUGACUGGGGUCGCCAAGCUGCGCUUCUUCACACCCGCUCGCUUAAACCGGAAGGAAACACCGUUCAACUGAUGACCGAAGUCAGCCUGCAGGCGCCCAGCCCGCCACAAAGAGUCUCUAGAGCACGAUGAGCCAACUAAAGCCCCCCCAUGGCCAAAUCCUCCUCUAACCUGGACGAUACUGGGCCAAUUGUGCGCCGCCCUAUGGGACUCCCGGUCCGCCCUAUGGGACACUACAGCCUGGGAUCGAACCCCAGGCUGUAGUGACGCCGCAACACUGCGAUGCAGUGCCUCCCAGUACAUUUGGGUGUGUAAGGGAAUGUAAUUGUUGACCAGUUAGCCAAAAGAGUUUUGAAAUUAGAUAUAAUUGAUAUUAAUGUUCCACUGGGUAGAGAUGAGGCCAAAUGUAGGAUCAGAGCCAUUUUGAUGUGUGUCAGAAGAGAUGGGACUCUGAGCCCAAGGGCCGGUGUUUAUAUGCCCUCAACAGAAAGGUCAGUGGACCAAGGUUCAAAGGUCAGAUUAGGAAGGAAGAGGUGGUGAUUGCGUUUAGGACAUUGUACAUUGAACUCAUCAUUACAUCUGGUUGGUAGCAUGUGAAUGGUUUGUGAGGUAGGCCGUCAUUGUAAAUAAGAAUUUGUUCUUAACUGACUUGCUUAGUGAAAUAAAGUUGAAAUAAAAGCAGGUUGUAAACUCCUUGUA